GCCACCGUAUUACUUCCGGGUGUCAUCCUGUUAGCUAGGCAGCACUGUUGAAGCUUGUCUUUUUUUCUUGAUCAGGUGUAACAACACAAAUCAUCGUUUGAUCGAGCUGUACGCUGAUUUAUUUGACGGCGCCGGCUGUAAUGCUUCGUCACGAUGGGGACUCUGCUUGCCAAAAAGAAGCAGACUCGAGUGACGGAACAAGACAAGGCCGUUUUGCAACUGAAACAGCAACGAGAUAAACUGAGGCAGUACCAGAAGAGGAUCGAGCUGCAGUUGGAGAAGGAACGACUGUUAGCCAAGCAGCUGCUAAAAAAUGGAAGGAAAGAUAAAGCGCUGCUGCUGCUGAAGAAGAAGCGCUACCAGGAUCAACUGCUGGACAAGACGGACAACCAGAUCAGCAACCUGGAGCGCAUGGUUCAGGACCUCGAGUUCGCCCAGAUUGAGAAGAAGGUGAUCGACGGCCUGCGCGUAGGGAACGAGUGCCUGAAGAAAAUGCAGCAGGUGAUGUCCGUGGAAGAAGUGGAGCGCAUCUUGGACGAGACGCAGGACUCCAUCGAGUAUCAAAGGCAAAUCGACGAGAUGUUGUCGGGCUCGUUGUCCCAGGACGAUGAAGACGCCGUUCUCGCCGAGCUGGAGGCCAUCACUCAGGAAGACGUGCUGCUUCCGGACGUCCCCUCGCACCAACUGCCCAACGCUCCCGAGGCCGCCGAGGAGAAAGCAGCGACCGAACGUCCGAGGAAGAAGGUGGAAAUGUUGGCCGCGUGAAGAUGGAAAACUAAUGACCUUCAGCUUCUCCACAACCUUGAGGGCUGAGCGUGAAGAGAAUUUUUCCAAGAAGACCCAUCAUGCCCUGCAAUUUGGAACCGCAACAUUGCUAACUUUCCUGUUAGUACAAUACAAUACACAAAUUGUUUUUGUUUUAGUUUUUAAUGGCGCCGAUUUUAAAAUAAAAGCACUGCAGACAGCAA